AUGGCUUCGACGUCUCCGCAAAGCUCGACUGCUGCAUGUCCAAGUGCUCCUCCCAGCAAGCGGCCGUUGGCCAUGACCAAUGAACAUGCUGACGAUGAAAACCGUCGGAAAGACCCCAAGGUUAGCCGCGCCUGCGACAAUUGCAAGAGGAAGAAAGUCAGAUGCGAUGGCACGCUGCCGUGCAGCAAAUGCGCCAAGAGAAAUCUUGACUGUGCCUACGAUGCGAAAUAUGGCCGGGGUCGCCCUCCGACCCCACCCAUUUCUACCACGAUUAGUGACCAGGCAAGGUCAUCAAGGGCUGAUCGGCUGGACGGGCUCUCCACCUGGCAGCACGCAAGCCCACCCACUGUCCCAGCUGCCGCUGAACACAACGUCUCACGCGCCUCCCCCGAUGUGGAAUUGGAAGGCCAAUAUUUUGAUCCUACCUCCGGACUGAACUUCUUGCAUCGCGCGAGAAAAAAAUUGCUGAUCCACGAUGGCCUAACCGAUCCCUAUGCGUCGAAUGGCGCGGAGAGGAAUCAACUCCUCACAUCAGCGGGAGACCGGCCAUUUCUCCACGAGGACGAGGCUACUGAAAAUUUCAUUCCGAAUGGCCUGGCAGCCAAGAAUUUGGUGCAAUUCUAUUUUGAGUCAUGCGUUGUGACAUACCGCAUUUUUCACCGACAGACAGUUGAAGUAUGGCUAGAAGCGUUCUUGAAGGACCUUGAGCACGAGCGGCCAGUUGUCCAUUCCUUGAAUAAUGCUAGAACUGCGAUUAUCCUGACCAUAAUGGCUAUCGCAACUCUACGCAUGGAACGAGUCGACACGGAAACAUCGGUGGGAUCUGAAACCCCCAUUCCACAGCAAAGUGACCGUCUGUUCGAGGCUGGUAUGAAGCUGGUGGACCAAGAGACGGGAUUCCCACGGCUCGAGUCGGCACAGGCGCGAUUGAUACAGGUGUUAUAUCUUCUCCAGACAUCUCGAAUCAACAAAGGCUGGUACACGCUCGGUACUGUUUUCCAGAUCAGUCUCUCUUUGGGUAUGCACAGGAGGCGAGACCAAAAGCGAGACUUCCCUUUCACCAGUAGGCGGCAUAAUUACAUCACUUCAGAGUGUUACAAGCGCACAUUCUGGUCGGCGUAUAUCAUCGAUGAAUAUCUCAGCGUUGUAUUCGGUCGACCCCGAUUGUAUCGGGAUGAGGAUAUUGACCAGGAUUUUCCAGACCAAGUCAAUGAUGAGGACAUGGGAGAUCAGGGACCUUCUAUUUCAGACGAUCCAAGCGACUGUUACAUUGACGGUCUAAUAUAUCACGCCAAAAUCGCUCAACUCCUCGGUAAGGUCUCGCGAGAGGUCUACUCAGUGAGUGACAUGUCCAACUACGAUCGUCUGGCAGCCGCCCAUCGUUUUGCCCGUGAAUUGCAUGAGUGGCGCACAAGCCUACCUGCACAUUUGGGCACCGUAAAGCCUUCAACAUUAGUGCCUGCAUUUCGUCGCCAGGCCAUUGCUCUGCAGCUUGCGUAUUCCCACGCCCUCAUUCACACAAAUCGGCCGUUCCUCUUGAGUGAUGCAGCGCCCGAGAACGUCAGCGAAUGCAUAUCUGCAACAAGGGCCAGCUUAGAGCUCGUCAACAGAAUGGCUGGGGAUAGCACACUCUUCCAUUCCUUCUGGUGGACUCACUAUGUGAUCUUCUGUGCAUUGGCCGUUGUCUACGUCUGGGAGAUUCAACGAGUCAAGCGGCCUAUGGAUGGUAUUGACGACGGAGCCCGAGACGAAAUCUUCGAACUCGCAGAGAAGUGUCGGGCACAUCUCAAGCGGGCAUCGGCCAGUCUAGCGCAAAAUAGGCGAUAUAGCGUGAUACUGGAUGAGAUCAGGUCAGAGGCACAGAGAUGCCGAUUGUUGAACGAACAGUCGUCAAAUGCCAUGCAGGGCAGUCUUGAUGCAGGCCAGACCGACCCCAAUACCGAUGGUGGCUCUCUGUCAAUGAGGAAUCCGAACGCAGUAGAAUCGGGGUUGCACAUGAUAGGCCAGAGUAAUGUCUCGUUCAACAUGCUGGACAGCUUCCUCAUCAGUGACUGGCAAACUCUUGAUUCAUCGGUUUUCCUUCCAUUGCCUGACCCGGAUUCCGUUUCUCCGACAUACUUUUACCCAGUUCCUUAG